AUGACAGUGAAAAGCCAAAUAAAAGCCGUUGUCUACGAUUUUGGAGGAGUUCUCCUCUCCUAUGAAGGUGUCAGGGAUAAAUGGGCAGCCAUGUCAAGAUCUCUGGGUCUUCCGGAAGAAGCUGUGCACAGCGAAUCGGUUGGAAUCGAAUUCUCUCAAUGGUUGGGACCAGAUAGAAGUCUGUUUUUGGGAACCUUAACUGUUGAUGAUUUGGAAGGAGGACUAUUCAUGCAAUAUUUGAAGCAUAAAUACGGAGACACUAUCAAUCAUGACGUUGUCAUUAAGCCUUAUACCGAAUGCCUCCGAGGAGAGAAUGUUAGAAUUCACAAGAACAUGCAAAACACAGUUGAACUUCUUAAGAAGAAGGGAUUCAAAACUGCCAUGCUGACAAAUAACAUGUUUUUAGACAAGGAGCACAAAGAAACACGACUACCAUGUGAUCUGACUCAUUUUGAUGAAGUCGUUGAGUCAUGUCUGGAACACUUGAUGAAACCAGAUGCCAGAUUUUAUCAGUUGGUAGAAGAGAGACUUGGCGUGAAGCCAGAAGAAAUUGUGUUCCUUGAUGAUCUUCAUGAGAAUAUCGAAGCUGCGGAGAAGUUGGGAUGGAAUACCAUCAUGGUCAGUGACAUCGAAAAUGCAAUUCGAGAACUCGAGAAAUUUACAAAUGUUAAGUUGCUGUAA